UCAAGUUAGCAAUUAUAAACUGCUUGUUCCUGCGACCCCUAGAGAGCCCCUGUAAAUAGAAAUUCUUGGUCUGAUGGUCGCUAUCCUGUUCCUUAUGGGCAGAUGAUGUAGCCUUUGCGUUUGUUCUUCCUAAGGAAACCAGAGAGGAAACCGCGCAAACUACCCUAGAGCCAGCAGGUGGGAAGGGACAAAGCCACCACAAAGCCCACGCGGUGCCACUAAGUCCGAGCGGCCUCAGGCCGCCAGGCGUCCUCUGCGUCAGCACGUCGGGCGUGCGUAGAAGCCGGGCCUCGGAAGUUUCUAGAACCGCCCCUGGAGCCCAUGGAAAAGCGAACUGGGCGAGGCGUCAGGCUGGCCGCGGGCCGCACCGCCCGGAGUCACUGUGCCCGACUGGAUGAGCUCUGCGGGAAGCGCUGCGCCAGCUGCUCUGUGUCUCUGGACGGUUUGCCUUCAGAAAUCCUGCUGAAGAUCUUGUCCUACUUGGAUGCGGUGGCCUUGCUGUGCGCCGGAUGUGUGAACAGGCGCUUUUAUCACCUGGCCAAUGACAAUUUUAUUUGGAUCAGAAUCUACUCAACUGCCUUUUCACCUAAACGAUCUAAUUGGAAAGUUAAUUCAGUAGAGAAGACAGCCGUGUCUAUGAACUCACUGUCAGUUGGGGAUAAAGAAGCUGGAUAUUGGAAGAAAGAAUAUAUUACAAAACAAAUAGCAUCUGUAAAAGCAGCUCUAGCUCGGGUUCUCAAACCUCUCCACCCUUACACGGGCCUCCCAGUUAAGACCAAAGAGGCCCUCAGAAUAUCUGGUUUAGGUUGGGUAAUUAUAUUGAAAGAAAAUAGUGGAAGAGAACACAUCCUGGAGCACGUUGAUCUUUCCAUCAACGAUUCAUCAGUCACGGCUGUGUGGUAUGGCAAAGACUGGCCACGUCUUGUCACACUGUCAACCUUAGAUUUGUGUGGGGUGACGCCAGUGUUUAUGAACCGGUCUCAGACCCCCAUCAAAAACGGACCUCGAUGGCAUUCUUUAAUUGCAAAGUACAACCUGAGUCACUUAACCGAGUCCACCAUGCUUGGCUGUGACAGGCUGAUCCGGAUCUUCUGCCUGCACCCGGGCCUCGUGGUGGGGCUCUGGAAGAGGGAGGAAGAGCUGGCUUUUGUUAUGGCAAAUCUUCAUUUCCAUCACCUCGUGGAGAGGAGCACGUUAGGCUCGGCCGCUGUCCCCUACGAGCUGCCUCCUCAUACCCCCCUUUUGGAUGACAGCCUGGAGUGUGGACUGAGUGGCUACCAACUCCACGUUGAUAUGCACAGCGGGGGAGUUUUCUGCCUGUGUGGCACAUUUCGCAACCUCUCCACCAGCAAAGGAUACAUUGAAAAUGAAUAUAUGAAGCUCAGUGUGAUAAGUUUUAAAAAUAGCACAGAACACCUACCUCUUAUUGGAAAAGUUGGCCUUUCUUGGAAAACUAACAUUUUUGAUGGCUGUAUAAAGAGUUGCUCUAUAAUGGACUUAACUCUUUUGGAAGAAUAUGGGAAACCCUUCUGGUGUUUCAGUUCCCCGGUGUGCAUGAGACCCUCUCCCGGGCCCUCUGAUGGCCCUGCUUUCUUGGGGGAGACGUACCGUGUGGACUACGCAGACGCGGAGGGAAGGGUGCGCUUGGAGCUGGUGUGGAUCGAGGAGACGGGAGAGUACUUUAUCGUCAGCCUGGCGCUCUACCUGCGGGUGGCAAAGAUAAACCACUGGUUUGGGACCAAAUACUGA